UUCCUCAGGAGGGUCUGUUGCCAUGGAGACGGUGAACAGCAGGUUGGAGCGAACGCAGCGAGCCUAUAGGCUGGAGGGCAGUGUGAGGGUGUGGUCAGACUUCCUGAGGCUCCACCUCCAUCCUCGUACCAUAUCCAUCAUCAGUCAGUACAACCACGAUGGCGAGGCGGCGCGGUUGGAGGCGUUUGGCCAGGGGGAGGCGCUGUUACAGGACUCUGUGCUGAAGGAGCUGGAGGACAAACUGCAUUUUUUCAUAGAGGAGUGUGACUACCUGCAGGGGUUCCAGGUCCUGUGCGAUAUAUCUGAUGGGUUCUCAGGUUUGGGGUCAAAGGUCACAGAGCUGCUGCAGGACUCCUACAGUGGGCGGGGCAUUCUGACAUGGGGCGUGGCUCCUACCAAGACCGAGGAAUGUGCUACAGUGUCUGCUGCCAUUGAGGUCGUGUCUGCAGUGAAAAAAGCAAAUGCUGGGAAGCAAAAGAGGAAGCUCAGUCUCUCAGCGACCCCUAAGACGAACCUGACCAGCAAUAUUGAUAUGCAGUGA